UUAGUUUAUUGACUCGUAGUGAUUCAGAAAAGAACGUUGAAUUUAGGCCAAUAAAAACGCCAUUUCAAUUCCUCUUAUUUUGUAGCUGUCGAAGAAGAUUAUGGGAAAAUUGACGAGUUUCAGAAGUUUGUUGUUGAUGUUGCUGACGGUUGCAACUACAAAAGGUAUCAACAGAAUAAGUACAGACGGUAAAUGCGGUCCGACCAUUCCCCUUUCGGAUAGUAAACCAACAGAAUGUGACCCCUCUGGAUCAACUCCUUGCUGCUCCGGGAACCAAUGUGUGGCUGUAGGUGAAGAUCUAAGCGAGUGUCUGUGUGACGGAUGUGUGGACUACAGAUUAGUCGAACAAGCGCGGAACUCUGCUGACAGUUGUGCCAUCAUCGAGUUUAACACAUUCCUGAAGAGAAUUUGCUACGAUGAGGAAAGUUCGACACUCAACUUCAGAUGUGCGGAUUCAGAGCUGUCCUACAAGACGAUCAAAGGGAGCGAAGAUCUGAUUGAGUUCUCCAAUACCUGCACGGAAGUUCCCAUGAAUUACCAAGCCUGCGGACUCGUAGAUAACAUUGACAUGAGCAUGUCCAGCGACAACACCGUAGGAACUGCUUGUGGAUGGCAUGUGUGUACUAUCACUGACAACGGAGAAUCAACCAUAACUGCCAAGGAGCAUCUUUGUGACGGAACGCAAACAUUGAAGAGUGUCGUAUGCGAUGGUAAAUGUGAUACCGAGCGCUGCGUAGAUGAAAGUUUGUGUCAUGAUCUUCGAUAUGGUAUGAAUUGUAGAGAUACGGUCAAUAGACAUGUAUACUUGCCAGUAGAAAAGAUUUGUGAUGGGAGUUCAGAUUGCGUGAACGAUGGAGAUGAUUGCACCGUGACCAGCGAUACACAAUCUUGCACUCACUAUCUGAAAAACCAUCUAAUUGUUCCCAUACAUAAUUACACGAGAUGCGCCAUCUUCGACCUCGAUGGCACAUUUCCGAAAGCACCGUAUUGUGCUGACUUUAUGGACCAAACAAAUUGCACGGAUGUCUGUCGAGUAGGCGGAUUUUGUGAAGUGAAUGGGUUCAAAUCAAGCAUCUCAAAGACUAUGGUCUGUGGUGGGAACAAACAACUCUGUGAUGAUAACUCAGAAAACAGCUGCAUAGAUGCAUCUUCAAGUUGUCGGGUUCAUAAACACAAACUCUGUGAUCGACAUGGAGAUUGCAUUGAUGGAAGUGAUGAGACCCAUGAUGAUUGCAAGGCCAUGACGAAAGAGCAUCGAUGUGUCCGCAGGUUUGGUGUCAUGACAGAAAAACACGAGCCUGGAUUAUGUCUAUCUAGAAGAAGCGAAAGAAUACCCCAAUCUUGGAUAAUGGACGGUGAGAAGGAUUGCGAAGACGGCUCAGACGAGGAUGGAACACGGUGGGAAUUCUGCAAAGUAGGAAACAUUUUAAAAGAUGAAGGAGAACCAUGCAAGGAUGGGUUUCUUUGUCCGAAGAGCAAAACAUACGUAAACUUCGAUCUUGUCUGUGAGUCCAAGGAGUCUUGUGGACUUGACGGAAAAGAAAAUGAGAUCUGCACAAUAUCAAGAGACAUACUUCCGAAAGAUACUACUGUGGAGGAAAGAUCUGGAUUGAUUAAACAACUCUGCAACGAGACAGACUCUAAUAAUUGUCAAGUCAAAGACUUCAAUUACCCAAAGUAUAACAUUUUCGGCGUGAUUAAAGUUCAGCUGAACAUUUCAACCAGAACAGUUGACUGCAGCAACAAAUUUGGGGAGCAUUACGUGUACCUAAGUUGCAUGGGUCUCUGCGAAAACACCAGUUGUCCCUUAAAAAACGAGAUCCUAAAGAAUGGCUCCUGCUCAAAUCUUGAAUUGGUCAAGGUUUUCACGCUGGCGAACAAUUCUGAGUUGACCUUCGUCAACAAAUCUGAGGGCCGUUAUCACAAUGACUUCUACGAAUGUGACAAUGGCCGCUGUGUUAACUUCUCCCAAGUCUGUGAUCUUGUAAAUGACUGUGGCGACAUGUCGGAUGAGCUGAACUGCAAGAACCAUUUCCCCUGUGAAGAUGACGAUACAUCUUUUGUCGGGAUAAACCAGACUUGUGAUGGCAUCUACGAUUGUCUGGACUUAUCAGAUGAGUGUAAUGAUAAAUGUGGCCGUAGAAUCAUUGACAACGGAUCAUGGCUGACACCCUUCUGUUGGCUCAUCGGGAUUCUGGCGGUUAUGCUUAACAUCUGUACCUUGGUCAUCCUUCCUCGGGCUCUAAAACAAUGUAGAAACGAGAACAUUCUCUUCUCCAAGGUUCUGGUGAUGCUGAUCAGUGUUGGGGAUCUCCUGAUGGGAAUCUACUUGAUUGCUCUAUCUGUGUACGAUGAUAUCAUCCUGGGACAGAGCUUUUGCAGGAAGCAGGCUGAGUGGUACACAGGUACGCAGUGCUCCGUUCUGGGGGUCAUAAGUACCAUUGGAUCUCAACUAUCCUUGUUUUCUAUGACAGUCUUAAGUAUCUUUAGGCUUUGCAAGGUUUUAAUGAAUGCUUUGCCAUUGCCAGUGAGUAGAAAUUCAAUUAUUAAGGCGAUCAUUUGGGCAGUAAUUAUCAUUCUAAUUUCGCUUGCAUUAGCGGUGAUUCCUUUGAUACCAUCCAAAUUAUUAGAAGAAUACUUCGUCCAAGGAAUCCACUACGACCCAAAGUACAAAGUUUUCGUUGGAUUCAACUCAAAACAGAAGCACAUAAAAAUACUUGAAAAGUAUUACGAGAACAAGACACUGACAACAGACUCCAGUUGGUCAGAGAUCGGUACCCUGGUGGAUGGGAUGUUCAGUACGGAAUACGCAAAUCUCACUCGAAACAAGGUGCACUUCUACGGUAACGACGGGCUGUGUUUGUUUAAAUACAUCAUCAGAGGGGAUGACGCCCGGAGAGGUCGUGAAGCAACAGGGACAUCUACCAUCGAUCUCUACAACGAUCCUGUGGUAUGGGCUAUUCUCACCGUCAACCUCGUUUGUUUCGUGGGCAUCCUCAUCUCAGCAGUUGUUAUUUGUAUGAAAACAAGGCAGUCUGCUAAUCUGGCUGGACAAAAGAAAAACAAGGCAGCGAGAAAACGGAAUCGCAGCUUGGAAAUCAGAAUUUUGGCCAUAGUAGUAACUGACUUUCUGUGCUGGGUUCCUUUCAUCAUAAUAUGCUUCCUUCAUAAUCGACGUUUUUUGGACGCCUCAAAAUGGUACCAGGCGUUAGCAUUGGUCGUAUUACCGCUAAACUCACUGAUAAAUCCCUUGAUUUACGACCGAACCAUAACACAGUUUUGUAAGAUGAAAAUGGACAAUUUUACUGAGGCAUGGGGCAGUGGUGGAACUCCCAGUGAGACUGAAGGAAACGUAUCACCAUCAAAUGGAAAUAGAAGACAAGACUUUCAAUUAAAGCAGACUGCAACACAAUCUACAAACGCACAAUACCCUCCAUGAUUUAUCCCCUAAUCUCUAUAAUGUUGUGCUGGUAUUGAAUGCUGGCAUUAAAUCAAGGUAAC